AUGAGAUUUUUAUUCACUGCGUUGUCCACUUUUAUCGUGGUCAUUUCAAUAAUUAAUCAGGCAUUUUCUACUCUUCAAGUAGAUGUUUCUGCAUUGACAUCAGUAACUGCUUUCAAUUGUGCUAAAAAUUUAGGUUAUAGUCGUGCAGCUAUUCGUGGUUACUUUGAAGCCUAUGGUAACAAUCCUGGAGGUGCAAUCGAUUCUAAUUUCUUAAAAAGUUACGAAAAUGCUAAAAAAGCUGGGUAUACCGAUAUUGACGUAUAUAUGUUUCCAUGCACUGGAAGGUCGACUUGUAAGACACCUAAACAACAAGUCAAUGAGUUGGUUAAAUUGAUUAAUGAUCAUAAAAUUAUAGUUCGGACAGCUUGGUUAGAUGUCGAAGUGGAUGAGAAGUCUG